UGCAGGAUCUUAGAAACAUACCUUUAGUUUUUGUCUCCAGAUAUCCCAAGCUUUUCAAAUGUGAAAUAUUUACACUCUCACUCACCAGAAAUGAUACUUUGGCACCUUACACUAUGUCAUUGCCUGAAGAUUUACAUGGAUAUCAUGCUUUGUUUAAAAAACUGGGAUCCUCAGUUGAAAUUUCAUACAAGACAUAUGCUGAUGUUUUGGAACGCAUAUUUGUUGAAGGAAACAAUGAUCUUCAUGUCAAUGAACUUCGCAUAGCAUUUAUUGCAAUGGAAAAUUUUUUCUUGUAUAUAUCAUCUGAUGCUAAAGGUAAAAGAAUUGCACAUCUAGAUUUAAAAAGACUUUACUUACUCUCUUCAGAGAAGAAACUUGUUGAAUCAAAUAGACUUAUCUUUUCUGAUUCAGAGGAUAUUGAAAAAGCACUUAAAAAGACAACUGUGCAUUUUGAUUUUUUGGUCUCUCUGAAAGGCAUUGACAGAGAAAAAACAUCAAGAUGUUUGAAAUUGUUACCAGAGAAGUUUCGUCCAUUGUUUCUAUCAAAGAUAGUAAAGAGAGAAGCAGAUUUAACUAAUUUAAUUGAAAUUGAACCUGAUAUUUCCGGAGAAGUAAUUUCGUUUUUGAAUAGCCCAGAAUUUACUAAUGGUAUUGUCAGGCUGAUCUGCAAAGAGAGGAGAUUAGAAAAAAAAGAAAUACCAACAGAUGAAGAAAUAAAUGUUAUGCGACAAAAGCUUCAGAGAGUUCGUGUCCUGUUUGUGGAAAACUUAGAGACAUUGUACAUCCAUAAAAGUGAAGUAAUUUGUAAAAGGCCAAAGUUUACUCACCUGGAUUACAACCAAGACAGUAAACCAUUUCACUGUAUUCUGUAUGCACGAUAUAGCAAGCAUGACGACAUUUUAAAGUGGCUGCAAUGGAAUUGUUAUGAAAUUGCAAGAAUCAUUCGAUUGUGCGCAAAUACACAUUUUUUUAAUACAUCCUCGUUGAUUGUAACUAUGUGUCUAUGUAUAAAAGAUCGGAAUACAAUCAAACCAAUUUUAACUAGAAGUGAUAUUCCAGCCCUAGAAGAAAGAUAUGCAGCACCAAACAACCAAUUGCCAGUAACGGGGACAUUUGUUCCAGAAAAGUGGAUUACUAUUCUUGAUAACAAAGGGCUAACAUUCCACCAAGGAGACUAUGUGGCAGUGUUAGUUGGAGUAGACUCCAGGGGAAACAGAGAGUUCAAGUAUGCUAUAGUAAAGGAGAAAAUGCAGUCCACUGAUGACCAAGACCAUUCUACAGAGGAUAUAUAUUCAGAAUACAUGGUAGAAAUUGCUCCAAACAAGACAGAGAUGUUCAGAGCAUAUGAACUUUUUAGGUUUAAUAGGUCGAUUUUUUCAGAUACAUGCAAGCAGAGUACACCUAGACUUCAGAUGGAUAACAGAGCACUUGAUGACAUUUUCAGAGAAAUUGAGAGUACUCUAAGAAUAGCAUACAGUACAAGUUUUCCAAUGGAGGAGAGGAUAAAAAUUUGCAGAAGAUUGAUGUUCCAGUGGCAUCCAGAUAAAAAUCCAGAUGAUGUUGAGAGAGCAACUCGGGUAUUUCAGUUUAUUCGUACACAUAUUCAGAAUCUGGAAGAAGAAGAGGAACACAGAAAUUCAAUCGAAGUCAAUGUUCCAAAACCACCACAGCCAGACAUUUUUAAUGAUUUUGACAAAUGCAUAAACAGAGAUCAAGAUAUAAAAAAUAAACCACCUCAAAAGGAGUCAAAUCCCUCUGAAGCAAAUCGAUGGUUGGAGCAGGCAAAGCAUGACAUGAGAUUUGCUAUUGAGUCAUUAACAACUGAUAGUCACUACAAUUGGAUUUGUUAUAUAUGCCAUCAGGCAGCAGAAAAAAGCCUCACAGCAUGGCAGUAUUUUGAUGAUUCAACUAAGGUUUCAAACUCUGAAAACUUGAACAUUUUGCAUCAUGACUGUCCAGGAGAGCUCAGACGUUUAGCUAGAGAAUUACAAGACCUUACCGGCAGUGUUCGCAGGAUGAGAUAUCCUGACAAUAGACAUAAACCAUGGAGUUCGUAUACAAGAGAAAAUGCAGAAAAGGCAAUUGAGCUGGCCACUGCAAUGAUUGACAAAGUUGAUGAAACCAUUUAAUUAAACACACAACAUUCGUUGAUUUAAGUAUUGUAUUAGGUUUAUAAGAAGUGUAUCAAAUUUGUUGUACAUAUUGAGCUAAUGCUCUAUAUAAAGUUGAAAUUCAGUAUUCAGUAGAAG